CACGUCAGGAUUUUCACAAUUUUAUAUAUUAUAUAGUUUUCUUUAAGGUUCCUAGUUUUAUUGACAUUGUUUUGAUAGGGUAUCAUAUCGUAAGCAUAAAUAAAGCAUAUCAACAACACACACGCAAUAAUCGCCGCUCAUUUUCAUACUCGCACAAAUGGAAUUCUGAUAUGUCAAUGUAUUAUUUGCCGAGCUUUGCUAUAAAAGGGAAGCGAUCGACUCCAGUUUCAGUCAGCGCGUGAUCAUCCACGAAUAAAUAUAGCUUGAUAAGUGUAAAAUCUAUUUAUUACAAAGCUUAAAAUGAAAACUUGUGCAUAAAAUGUGUAAAAGGAUCUAUAUUAUUCAGAUUUUUCUGUCUUUUAUCGUGAUCCUGUUAAUAGAGUUGUCACCGACAGAGGCAAGUUCUAGUCGUGAUCAAGCGUUGCUUCGGGCCGUUGACGAUGGCACAUUGCUUAUUGAGGCAGCCCAGGAUCGAAACAUCACUUUGCGUCUGAUAGGAGAUGCUGCCUCAUUGCUGCUCAAUGAAGUGGAUAUUGUUGCCUUGUUGCAGCGGCGCCGACGUGCAGCCACCGCACAAUCAACAGCAGCACAGCGAGAGCCCUUAUCCCUGGAUGCACUCAAAGAGGAGUUUCGUGGUGUUCAACGCGACCUCAAUCGACUCGCUCGUUGGCUGAGUAACAUGCACAAUGGCACUCGACGGUGUGGCCUCAGUCAGCGCGUGCUCCGACGGACUCUGCAGCGUGUCCAGGUCGUGGGAAACACCUUAACAACGCUGGAAUCCAAUCUGCGCCUCAACGAGUGUGCCUCUAAUCCCUGCAAGAAUGGCGGCACCUGUCAUGACGCCUAUAAGUCCUUCCAGUGCAUCUGUCCCAAGACCUGGCAAGGCGCCACUUGCGAGGAUGAUGUGAAUGAGUGCUUCGACUUGGCCAGCACAGAUUUGGACGUCUGCAUGAACGAUGCCAUGUGCAUCAAUUUUCCUGGCAGCUAUCGCUGUGUGUGCCGCACUGGCUACUUGGGAGUUCAUUGUCGACUGCAUCACAACGCCUGCCUGAGCAAUCAGUCAGCGGAGCUAUGCGGCAGUCAUGGCACCUGCCUGUCCGCCAGCAAUGCAGCUGGCUAUGUGUGCAUCUGUGAUCAGGGCUGGACGUGGGCUGAUGCGAAUGUGACUCAGGCAAGCGCCAAUCCCUGCACACGGGAUGUGGACGAGUGUGCACCCGAGAUAAAUCCCUGCCAUGAUGAGUGCAUCAAUUUGCCGGGCAGCUUUCGUUGUGCCGCCUGUCCGCCAGGCUACACUGGGGAUGGUAAGUACUGUCGGGAUAUCGAUGAGUGUCGAGACGGCAACAAUGGUGGCUGCAGUCAGCGUCCGACGGUCAGCUGCAUCAACACCGAGGGCUCAUUUCGCUGUGGCCGCUGUCCCAUUGGCUGGACGGGUGAUGGGCGAAGCUGCUCACCGACUAAGUCCAAUUCCUGCGACGGCGAACAGAUUUGCAACGAUCACGCCAAAUGCGAAUACAUCUCGGAGACGGUGGUUUGCAGCUGUCGAAUCGGAUACUAUGGUCAUGGCUAUGGCGCCGAUGGCUGCACCGAAGAUUCGAAUCGCAAGCCCUGCGAUAAUCAUCCCUGCCAGAAUAAUGGCACCUGUGUACUGAGUGGCCGUGGCACCAGCUGCAUUUGCCAGCCGGGCUACAAGGGUGCCCUGUGCAUGGAGUCGGAUGCUUGCCAUCCGAAUCCCUGCCACAAUGGCGGCACCUGCCGCCUACUGCCACGAAAUGAGUUCAUGUGUGUUUGCCAAGCCGGCUACUCAGGCAGCAGCUGCUCUCAUCUACGCAGCUUCUGCGGCAUCUCGUUGCGCAAUGAGACUGGCAGCGUACGCUUUCCACCCAGCGAGGACAGCACUCAGUUGGCAUAUGAACCGAAUGAGCGGUGUCCCUUCAUCAUUGCCACUCGACGUGGAAUGAUCUUGAAUGUGACCUUUACCUUCUUUGAUCUGGAGAACAGCACCGAUUGCACUGCCGACUUUCUGCAGUUGCACGAUGGCAGAUCUUUGACCGCCCGACUUAUUGGUCGCUUCUGUGGCCAGCAGUUGCCGCUCGGCAAUGGCACUGUGAUGACCACACAGUCGCAAUUGUUCCUCUGGUUUCUCUCGAACAAUGCCACGCAGGGACAUGGCUUUAAUCUAACCUGGAGCUCAAUGCCCAUGACAUGCGAGGAACUCGACCUGGAAAUGGGUCAGACGGGUGUGCUGCGCUCUCCCGGUUAUCCGGGCAAGGCGCAACGAGGCAUCGACUGUCGCUGGAAAUUGUCGGCGCCCUUUGGCACACGUUUCCUGCUGCACUUUUAUGAGAUUACACUGGGUCCCUCUGAGACUAUAUCGGGCCUGCCAAUCGGCUGA